AUGAUAAAUAAAUUGGACGAACUACCAAUUGAACUUAAGGUGAAAAUUGCGAGUCACCUGGAAACACUCUACCCUCUUGGUUGUUGCUCACGUGAUUGGUAUAACAUAGUAAAUUCGUCAAAUGCAAAAUAUAAAUGGUUGCUUAACAAAUAUGGUUGCAUUCAUGCACUGUUUCACGCUGUAAGAAUCGGUUAUCCAUUGCUCGAUUGUGGAGUGACAGAAGCCUUAUUAAAGUAUUCACAUAUUAGUCGAUAUUUUGUUCAAUGUCUCAAACUUGGUUAUGGAAAGCAUGGUUAUUGGGGUAAUAAUAUUUCUAACGACGUAUACGAAACUAUUAUUAAUUUCGAGGAGAGAUAUAGAAACGACGACCGUAAUGACAUUCUGUUAAUUCGCCAAGCAUUGAAAGGAAUAGGAAACGAAGAUUCUAUUAUAACAAUAAUCGAAAGCUAUGGCUUCAUACCCUUUCCGCCGAACCCUAUUUCUACAACAUACAUUUUCGAACGUCCUGCUGCUGAAUAUGAAGAUGCCCUUCCCAAAAACGGCUAUACAUCAGUUUCUGGAUCGAUGAUAGUGGCUAGGGCGAUAAUCAUCUACCCAAAUUUGUUAAAUGUCUGGAAAAAGAUGGGCUAUCACAAAAUAACUGAUGAUUUGGAAAAUUCUGUCGUGCAACUCACUCUUCUAGAUCUUUAUUCAACCGAAGUUCCACCAGUCCGAACAGUUGCUGAAACAUUGAGCAGCUUACAAUUAAUUGGAUUUCCAUUGACCGACAUCGUAAUUGGAAAUGUUAUUCUUCUAUUCAAAUGGAGGUUAGCUGACGUUGGAGAUAGUCUUAUUGAAGGCUUUUCUACCGCUCGGGAAUUAUCCAAGACGGAUAUACGUGAAAU